AUGGAGACGAAGGAUCGUCGCGAGCGUUUUAUGCGACGGCACACAACGUUGAGAUCAUCACACACUUCACAAGAGGACGCUGGGAGCUCAUCGGGCGCCUCGUCCCUCGACGAGCCGCACACCGGCGAAAGGAAUGUCACUUUCCUUUGCCCACCACAAGAUAAUUUUCAUCUACAAGUGCCUACGCUAUUUCAACAAAAUGAGGAUCGACCACCGAUGGAGAGGCCACCACAUCAGCCUGAUGUAAUCGAGAAGAUCCCAAUGAGAGCCCGAUCACAGAGUUGGCUCAUCCGCACCAGACAUCUCAAUGAGCGAAAGGUGAGCGAAUUGCUU